CCACUCGGGGAAGCGAAACAGAUCAGAACCAGAACCUGUAAUUGAUCCAUUAGUCUGAGUGGUUUCGGUUCGGAUGGGGCGAACAUGAAGUCCAGCUACUAGAAAUCGAACCGCCGUCUGUUGGUUCUUCCCGCCUGGUUCCGGUACUUUACCUGGCACCGCCGCAAUGAGCUCCAGGCUGUGCCGGACCUGCGGGGGGUCCGACAUCGAUGUGGACCAGGCCCGGGGCAGCGCCGUGUGCACGGGCUGCGGCUCGGUUCUGGAGGACAACAUCAUCGUGUCAGAGGUCCAGUUCGUGGAAGGAAGUGGAGGCGUGUCGUCCGCUGUGGGACAGUUUGUCUCCGCUGAUGGUCCAGUUAAAGCUCCACUCCUCGGUUCUGGUUUCCACACCGGCGUCGGAAAGGAGUCCAGAGCCCAGACGCUGCAGAACGGGAAGCGUCAGAUCCAGCAGCUGGGCAGCCAGCUGCAGCUCAACCAGCACUGCCUGGACACGGCCUUCAACUUCUUCAAGCUGGUCGUCAGCAAACACCUGACCAGAGGCCGGCGGACGGAGCACGUCAUCGCCGCCUGCCUCUACCUGGUGUGCCGCACCGAAGGCACGCCCCACAUGCUACUGGACCUGAGCGACCUGCUGCAGGUGAACGUCUACAUCCUGGGGAAAACCUUCCUCCUGCUGGCUCGGGAGCUGUGCAUCAACGCGCCCGCCAUCGGUGAGACGUCCUGUGGCAUCAGGUCACAUGACUCACCUGUAACACGUCACAUUUAGCUAAACGGCAGCGAUUAGACCAGGUGUGUCAAACUCCAGCUCUCUGCUUUAGAUGAGCCUCAGGUACAAACCCUGGAAUGAAACGGCUCCAUCAGCUGGUCCUGGUGCAGAUCGGGGCUCCGGAGCCUUAAUGACCUGAUGACCCUGGUCAGGUGCAGCAGAGCCUGCGGUAGGUCCAGUGGUCCAGUGGUCCAGUGGUCCCCAGCCCUGGACCUCAAGGCUCACUGCCCUGCAGGUGAUUUCAGGUGUUUGCUGAACUGCAAUCAGCUGCUUUAAACGGGGACAUUUCUAAAACAUGCAGGUCCGUGAGCCUUGAGGUCCAGGGCUGGGAACCACUGGAUUGGACCCAC